GUGUGCAUUUUGAUUGCCAACAAAGUGUUGACCAUUUCAUGCAAUAUUGUUGUGAAUGAUUUGCGAAUAUCAUAUAUGACUGUCUCUUGAUAAUUGGUGCGAAUCGGAAAUGUUCAUCCAUCACCAAUUAAGUUGAGUGCAAUUGUGUUGAACGCGAAUUUCGCAUAGAAUAAAAACAAAUUUUCUCAAAAUUACGAUUUAUCGUUGUGUUGAUCGUACAAAUAUGGGAAUUGAUGAAGAGAAAGCUUACGAAAAUCUUGUCACUGAGUACGAAAUUUUACGCAAGGCUAUUCUCGAAAACAAUGUGAACAUUACCAAACGCAUAAUAAACGAUUUAAACAUUGAUAAGGAGCUCGUUGUAAAUUUCACACCAAAAGAAGAUAACUCUCUGCUAUUCAUAGCAUGUCAAAAUGGUUACCAUGAACAGGUGGUUUGUUUAAUUAACGCCGGUGCUACAUGCACUCCUCAUAAAAGUACCAAAUGUACACCUCUAUAUGCGGCAAUUCGAGGCGGGCAUAUUUCAAUUGUGAAAAAACUCUUGACUCAUUUCCCUGAAGCAAUCAAUGUUAUGACAUCUGAGAAUUGGUCACCACUUCAUGUGGCUUGUAUCAAUGGCAAAAACGAUGUCGUUGAUUUGUUAUUGGCGUAUCCCUUUGCCAAAGAACUGUCACAAAAGUACAGGCUCGGUGAAUGGGAGUAUGAAUGUGCAUUCGAUCCAAAUCAAUUGGAUAAUUUCAAUCAGACACCGUUGUACAUCGCAUGCUUGUCCGGAAAUGAUUACAUCAUUGAGUCUUUGCUAAAUUGGAGAUUAACGUGUACACAUACAACAAGACAAGAAAGUCAGAUGCUUCUAUCUCCAAUCGAUUUGAAUGUGCAGUGUGCGUUCGUAAAAGAGACGGCUCUAAUGGCUGCUGUUCGUGGUGGAUUUCUUUACAUUGUAUUUUUCUUGUUGCGAAAUGGAAUCAAUCCAAAUAUUUACAAUAGCAAUUUAAUUGACGAUCUGGGCAGUGAAGACAGCAGCGGAAACUCAGUGCUGAUUGAAGCCGUACGCCAAAAAUCGUUUCUCAUGACUGAGCUUCUUCUUCGAUUUGGAGCCCAAGAUACAAAAUCGUGUGCAAUUAAAAUUGCAUGCACAAACGCAGAUGAAGAACUAAUUCAUUGCCUUCUCGCAAGGCAUUCACACGAAGAUAUCGAGCACAAACUUAAUGAAACUGAUUUGUUAACCGGCUGCAGUAAUUUGGGACAAACGUUACCUUCGUAUUGCAAUACAUAUUGUAAUUUAUUUCCAACGAAUCCGACUGUGAUCGACUGGAGUUUUACCAAUUGUCAUUUACAAGAAAUCAAAAUAAAAUGGUUAGUUGGAGCGGUGGCAAAUUGUAAUCCAAAAUUAAAAACGUCCUCAACACUGAACCAAAUAUCUCUCGGCGCAAUAACCCGCAUCGAUAUUUCACACAAUUCGCUUACACAGCUUCCACCAGAGAUAUUCUCAAUGUGUAGUUUAACCCAUUUGAAUGCCGCACAAAAUAAAAUCGAACGAUUACCCUCACCAACUGAAUCGUCGUACAAUAGUCCCGUUUUGGAGGAGAUUUAUUUGCAAGACAAUAAUUUGGAAGAAAUUGUAACGCAAAUUUUUCGAUUACCAUCUCUUGCUAUUUUGGAUAUUUCGAAUAAUAAGUUGCAAAAAAUUCCGUUUGAUAUGUGGAAGUCGCCAAAACUUCGUGAACUCAAUAUCGCGUUUAAUUUGCUCAAAGAUCUUCCAACCUCUUCUGAAGCUGUAAGUAUAUUCAACAGAUAUGUGUGCAAAAAAAUGCAAAAGAUUAACUUUUUUUCAUGAAAAUAUUUCCAGAGCGAUUCACCGACGAUAUUCAAAUAUAAAUCGACUGGAUUGAAAAGAAUUUCCCAUCGACCAGCUAAAAAUGAGCUGAUUCAUCAGAAUAUUUGGUCAAAAUCACUUGAAAUUGUCGAUCGUGAUACAACACAAUUUUCAGAGCUUCGAGGAUCAUCUGCAUUGCGCAAUUUAAAUUUAUCAAAUAAUUUAUUCACUAGCAUUCCGCCCGCACUUCCUUGCCUUGCCGAAAAUCUUUCCCGCCUUAAUAUGUCUUACAAUAGCCUCCGAUCAAUGGGACAUGUGACAUCAUAUCCAGUAUUUUUGCGUCAGUUGGAUUUAAGUCACAACGAGAUUUCAUGUUGGCCCAGUUUGGUAACAGUUAAUUCAGGAGAUCCAUAUCUUGCUUGCUAUAAUGAUCAAAGUGGUGGCAGUGAUAAAUUUAAUGGAUCACACUCAAACGCUGUAUUGGAAAAUCCACAAACAGACGUCUAUCAAAAUUUGUGCUGUCAUAAGAAACACUUGAGACUGGAAUCGUUAAAAACUUUGAUAUUAGCCGAUAAUGCGCUCACAAAAAUCCAAUUAUCAACAGAUGACAUCACAACAUUUAGCGAAACAGAAGAAACGGAAUGGACCAUGUCAGAAUGGACCAAUAUUGGUGUGACGAAAUUAAGACUUAUUUAUCCAAACCUAUCUAUGUUAGAUAUAAGCAAUAAUUGUUUGAAGGAAGUACCGCAAUUUCUACACAAGCUUACCAAUUUGAGUAUAUUAAAUAUUAGUGGAAAUGUUGAGAUAACGGAAUUACCGCCGAAUAUGGGUCUUUUAUAUCGCUUAUGGAAUUUAAAUACGAAAGGUUGUUCAUUACAAGGCUACUUAAACACAAUGAUCGAAAGCAAAAAAUUCAAAACCAUGGAAAUAAUUGGUUAUCUAAAAUCAAUAUACGAGGAUGCAAAACCGUAUGCGCGAAUGAAAUUGAUGGUUGUGGGAAAGCAGGGAAUUGGGAAAACGAGUAUUCUUGAACUUCUGCGUGAAAUGUAUCCAAAUCAAAAUAAGAAAAUUCUCGGCGAUCAUUGGACCAAGCGAAUGGGUGCGACCGCAGUGAAUUCAAAAAAGAAAAACUACAAUAUUUCCACGGUGGGAGUUGACAUCGGUGACUUGGUGUGUGAGGAAAAGAAAAAGAAUGGCGGAUCGUUGUAUGGGCCCGUUGUAUUUCGUACUUGGGACUUUGGAGGGCAAAAAGAGUAUUAUGCCACUCAUCAAUACUUUUUGUCGAAACGAAGUUUGUAUUUGGUUGUGUGGCGGAUCGAUGAGGGCAAAAAUGGUUUGAUUGAAGUUCUACAAUGGCUGGGAAAUAUUCAGGCCAGAGCACCAAAUUCACCCGUCAUCAUUGUUGGAACGCAUCACGAUAAUAUUGGCACAAACAUCUCCGAAGUUGAAGCAAUCUCUUUGCAACAAUAUAUUCGCGAGCGAUUCAUUGCUGUUACAGAUUCAGAAAAAAUUGGCUUGCCCAAAGUUAUGAGCUCCAUUGAAAUCAGUUGCAAAAAUCACUUUAAUGUCCGCGAAUUGGGAUCGCUUAUUUAUGAUACCGUGUUUUCACUGAGAUCACCCGGCUCAAAGGAAUUGCUUUUACAUCAGAAUGUCCCGGCGAGUUACUUGGCGUUAGAAGAUGUCGUUGGUAAUAUAAGCAGUUAUUUGAAACAAGUUGGUUCCGAUCCAGUUUUGAACUAUGAGAAUUUCAAGCAAAUGGUCUACCAAGAAAUGCACUUUCAAAACUUCAAAUCAUUUCGAGAUACACUCGAGCUGCACAGUGCUGUACUAUUCUUGCACGAAAAUGGAGUUCUUCUGCACUAUAACGAUUCGACACUGCGAGAUUUUUACUUUUUGGACCCCCAAUGGUUAUGUGAUAUGCUAGCUCAGGUUGUGACUAUUAAAGAGAUUAACCCUUUUGUUAAAAAUGGUGUGAUGAAAAUUGAUGAUAUCAAUCAAUUAAUCAAAACUACUGGACAAGCCGGCACUGACAGAAAAUACAUUUUGAGUUUAUUGAAUAAAUUUGAAGUUGCAUUGACUUGGGACCUCCGAACAUUGUUAAUUCCAUCGCUAUUGCCGUUGACAGAGGAUGAACCGGAAAAUACAAUCACUCUCAAGGUUGUGUCAAAAUCUCCGAAACGGAAAAUGUCAACAUCAGAAUCGCACUUUCAAUUGCAAACGAAUAACCGCUCAUCUGAAUUAUUUGGAACAUCAACCAAACCGCUUUCCCGCUUAUUAUUGAUUUCAUAUUUUCCUUCUGGGUUUUGGUCGCGUCUCAUGAUUCGCAUACUUGCCGACAAUCAAAUCGGUGAAAUAGCGCAAAAUAUUUAUAAAAUGCCACAAGACGUAUCUUUGACAAAUAAAAUACAUUGGAAGCUUUGGCAAACUGGCAUGGAGCUAUACGUUGAUAAUACGCUUAUUUUCAAAUUAAGAGAGAUUGCAUUAACAUGCUUAAAUUCACCGUAUCGCAAUGAAUUGAAUAGAUUUAAAAUCAAAAUGGACGGCAUUUGGUCAGAUACUGAUCUUUCGAGGUCAAGUAUUUUGGAAAUUAAUUUUCCACUCUUAAGGUUGAUACAAACCGAUGAUGAUGGUGAUGGGCACGCAUAUGAUAUUCCACCAAAUAUUCAAGGCAUAACAAAAUUAUUAUCUGCUUGUGUCGAUCAUGUUGAUAUUUUGUUGGAAGAUUGGUAUCCUGCUCUUGGAACCAGGUUCGUGCACACUUCUGAAGGCAGAUUUUUAGUUACGCGCCUAGUACCGUGUCCAGUGUGUAUAGAACGUACACAACGAAAACAAAUCAAUACAAUUUCAAUGAAUGGAUCAUUCAGACAAUCAAACGAAAACUUACUGGACGGAUCGUCGAGCAAUGGCAUAGAUGAUAAAUCCUAUUUGCAAACAACGGUUUGGAACUAUCUAUGGACCAUUGAAGAAUGCGUUCUCUCAACAUAUGAUAAAAAAGUUUUAGUUUGUCCCAUUCAUGGUGACGUUUCUGUCACUCAAAUUGCUCCUGAUUUGAUGUUUUUGGAUUUAAAUGGAGAAAAUCUAAUCGAAGUUAAUGAAAUCAGCAAAGGCAAUUUAAUUGGAAGAGGGGCUUUCGGGUUUGUAUUCAAAGCAACACUUCACAAAGUGGGCGAUGAACCAAGAUCAGUUGCGAUGAAAAUGCUUCAGCCCGUCCAGCCCGGCAUACGAACAGGGAAGAGUGCAUUAAUGGCGUAUAAAGCUGCAUUAGAGAAAUGGCGUCGUGAUCCAUUGGAGAAUUCGUGUAAAGCUUAUUUUACAGCACGUCAAGAGUUGACGGUCAUGUUAAAUUUAAGACACUCGAACAUAAUGUCGUUGAUUGGUGUAUGCAUGCAACCGUUGGCAUUGAUUUUGGACUGUGCACCAAAAGGUGCAUUAGAUACAAUAAUUCAAAAAUAUCGCCGAAAUGGAUCACGCAUUGGUCCUUAUUGUUUCCAGCUGAUUGUCCUCCAAAUAUCUCGAGCCAUUGAAUAUUUGCAUCGAAGCCACAUCAUAUAUCGUGAUUUGAAAGCUGAAAAUGUGCUUGUAUGGAAGUUACCAGAUCCCAACGAAAUUGAUUCUCCAUAUAAUCCUGUUCACAUUAAAAUAGCCGAUUAUGGCAUCAGUCGAAUAUCAUUACCAACGGGUACCAAAGGAUUUGGUGGUACUGAAGGUUUUAUGGCACCUGAAAUUAUUUGUCAUAAUGGUGAAGAGGAAUACACUGAAAAAGUCGAUUGUUUCUCAUUCGGAAUGCUCAUUUAUGAAUUGAUUACACUUCGCCAACCGUUUGAAGGCCACGAAACGGUCAAAGAAUCUAUUUUGGAAGGAUCACGACCUGUGUUUACAUCACGUGAAGUAAUGUUUCCCAGCUAUUGCCUUGAUUUAAUGGUUUUGUGUUGGGAUCAUCAACCAAAAAAUCGACCUUCAGCCAGUCAAAUUGUUUCAAUUGCCUGCGCUCCGGAAUUUACACAUUUAAUUGAUGUCAUCCUAUUGCCACAUGGCGAUGAAGUGAAGGCAAUCGUUACACUAAACAAUCAGAAAUUCCAACGUGAAAGUUCAUUCAAACUUUGGAUAUCCAUUGAACGUUGUGUCGAAACUAUCACAGGAUUUGAGCAUGGCUGGAUUUCAUAUCAACGCUAUCAACCAUCACAAGUGCUACCGUCGAUAAAAGGCGGUAAUAUGCCAUCCAAGAUGACGGCAAUGUGCAGCGUAAAGUUGAAUACAAUUUGGUUCGGUGAUAAUCGAGGAUCGAUUCAUUCGUACAAUGAAUCCGAAAAUACAUGCGCAUUCUCUUAUGAAUUGGAUGGUGCGGCUGUUAUAAAGAUUGAGUGUAUUGCUGGGACUAAUUUUGUGGCAGCCGGACUUGAAAAUGGUCGCAUCUACAUUUUGGAUUCGACAUGCUAUCCGAUCAAAUGUAUGAAUGAUAAAGAUGAUUUCGUUCUUGCCGAAGCUUGCAUCAAUAGUAAAUUGUCCAGUAUGGCCACAUUUUGUAAUAGUAUGAGAUCGUGUACCAUUUGGUGUGGUCACAACUAUGGAAAAUUGACGGUUUUUGAAUUUAAAAUGGACACCUUUGAGUCACGCCAAUUCAAUUUACAACAUGUAAAUUGCGGUGCUGAAAUAUCCGUAUCGAUUCUUGCCACAUCACAAAAUUCUAUUUAUUCAUAUCCAUCGCCUGGAUGCACCUUAUAUCAAUGGAGCACGCUGUCGAAGAAGCCGAUCAAUCAAUUGGACUGUUUGAAAUUGGUGCCGUGCUCAGAGAGUUUGGGAAGUAUAAGUAUCGACAAGGCCUUAAGCGUUGGAAGAUGUCAGAUUACUGCCGUUUGUGUGCUCAACGACAACAUCUACGUCGGUACGUCGUGGGGUUGCUUGAUUGUUGCCGAAAAUACUACACUUACACCGAUCACAGUGUUUCGCCCGUUUGAGGAAGAAGUUCAGUACAUAGCGGCAGUACCGCCAGAGUGUUCAUCAAAUACGCCCGUGAUUCUGAGUGUGGGCAAAGGUUACCGGUCACUCAUCAAUCGUUACACCGAUGUUGAUCCAUCAAAGACCAAAGAAAAGAAAAAUUAUCAAUCCAACUGCAUAUUAUGGCGAGCCGAACAUUGGACACCAAUUUAAAUAGGCAGAUUUUUAUCGAAAAAAAAACACAAUUUCUACCAAAGAAAUUUUUCCUACUUUUUGUGAAAUUCUCAUUUUUUUUAAUUUUAUUGACUUAUUUUCUUAGAAAUGAAACAUUCCUACAUAAAAAUACUCAUUAUCGUAGAACAAUUUACAGACAAUUAACUUAUUUUAUUUUAUU